AUGUCCCCUGAGCCGCCGAAUGCCUCGUUGCUGACAACGACUGCUCAGGUUCGCGCUGGCCUGCAGCUUGUUAUAUUUACAGCAGUUGUCUUAGUUUUAGUCAUAUUCCUCGACAAUCGCUAUCGAGUAUUACCACAAUCAAUCCACAACCACCUACCGGCGCACCACCCCGGGUUCGUGGUAACAGAUGUCACGGUCGUCACUUGCUCCGCGAUAAAUCCCUUCAGCAGCUGUACGAAAGAUGGGCCGAAUUGGCACCGAAUAGAAAAGGACCUCUACCUCGGAAGCGGAUAUGUCUCCACAGCCUACCUCCAUGUGCGCAGGAAGAAGGAGGAUGAUCUUGAACCGCACGAGGAGAUUGUCCUCGACGUCAAGGUAGGCCGCUCAGUGCCAUCCGAUGUCGAUCCCACCUCCAAAGACGUCCGGUGGGAAUCUCGACCUGCAGGCAUCUGGGUCAAGAAAACAGCCAAACGGCACAUAGGAGACGCAGCUAAGCUCGUAACGGGCGUGGAUGUUCUCUUUGGUCCCGAUGCCGCCGACCCACGCUCCAACUGGGCCGUCUCUCACACCUCACUCUUUCUCGACGCCGCUGGCGACACUCCCGAACCACGCCUCACGGUCCGGAAAGGCCCUGCCAUAAGUAAUCUACAGAAGCCCGUUCCGCGCAUCCGGAAGGACGGCAAAUUCAAGAUCAUGCAAGCCUCUGACCUGCACCUUGCCACCGGCCUGGGCAAGUGUCGUGAUGCUAUGCCCGCUGGCUCACCCUGUGAAGCAGAUACAAGGACCCUCCAAUUCGUCGAGCGCCUUUUGGAGGAUGAAAAGCCCGAUCUCAUCAUCCUCUCUGGAGACCAGGUUAAUGGUGACACCGCGCCGGAUGCCCAGACCGCCAUCUACAAGUACUCAGCACUGUUCGCGCAAUACAAAAUACCUUACGCCGGCAUCUUCGGCAACCAUGAUGAUGAGGGCAACCUCGAUCGUGCAGGCAGCAUGGCUAUAAUGGACGGGCUGCCGUACUCCCUCUCCACAGCUGGCCCAGAAGACAUCGACGGUGUCGGCAACUAUGUUGUCGAAAUUCUCGGCCGUGGCUCUACCUCACACUCCGCGCUCACCCUCUACCUCCUCGAUACUCAUUCAUACUCGCCCGAUGAACGCAAAUUCCGCGGCUAUGAUUGGCUGCACAACAACCAGAUCGACUGGUUUCGGAGCACAUCUCAAUCCUUGAAGCGCAAGCACAAGGAAUACACGCACAUACACAUGAAUCUUGCCUUUAUUCACAUCCCUCUUCCGGAGUACCGCAACCCACACCAAUUCUCUGUCGUCGGCAACUGGUCCGAGAAUCCAACAGCCCCUGGCUAUAACAGCGGUUUCAUGGAUGCGUUGAUCCAGGAAAACGUCCUAUUGGUCUCCUGCGGACAUGACCACGUCAAUGAUUACUGCGUGCCUGGCGCGAAUGAGAAGAAGGAGCCUGCGUUAUGGAUGUGCUACGGAGGCGGUGCAGGGUUUGGCGGUUACGGGGGGUAUUACGGUUACCAUAGAAGAAUGAGAUUCUUCGAGUUUGACAUGAACGAGGCGAGGAUAACCACGUGGAAGCGGAUGGAGUACGGCGAUCUGGAAAAGAAGGUGGACGAACAAAUCGUUGUCGACGGCGGAAGAAUACAUGUCGCUGUACAGGAAUAG